AUGACACAAGUUUUAGUCUUCAGAGGGCAGAUUAAUUUACCAAAGUUCAGACCGGAAGAGUUCAAUGAUGAAGACAUGUUAAAGAAUUCUUCCUUUCAGACGCUGAAAUCACUUCCAAUCAUUACCAAACAGCAGAUUCGAAGAUUUACUAGAAACCCAGUUGUGAUGGAAGCUCAAAACGACAAAGUCUAUGCUCAUUAUAACCACACUGAUUCCUGCAAGUUUUCAAGGUGGACUGCCAGGGAGAGCUUUGAAUUCAUGUAUGCAAGGCCUUGGCAAGAAGUGGUUGAUUUUUACUCCAAUGUUGUUAAUGGGCACUUGUCUUUGUUCCACUUGUUUGAAACUGAGACAGAUGUUCACGAUGAUGAUAAAAUUGUAGAGGUUUCUGAUGAAACUGAAUUAUUGGAGGGUGAUACGAAUGUAGGUAAGCCUGGGAGAUGGGCAAGGGUAACAUUCAAAAUUGUACUUUCAUAUCAUGGAGGUUCGUUUGAUGGUUGGCAAAAGCAGCCUGGUUUGCAUACUGUUCAAGGAAAUCGGGUUUUGGAGAUCAGGGCAUUCAUUAUGCCUCUAAGGAAAUCCGAUAGUUGCUUUCAUUUCUUGGUGGCCUCUAUUGCAUUGAGCGUAGUAGAAAAGUCUCUUGGAAUAUUUGUUGAUGAGCAGAAAGCUCAACACCUAAAAGACAAAUCUAAGCCAUUAGAAGGCUGUGCUAUUGUUGCUGGGCGCACUGACAAAGGAGUGUCAGAUACUUGGAGAAAAGAUGUUAAACCUCGUGAAAUUGAAGAUGCCAUCAAUGAUGCUGCGCCAGGAAAAGUCAGAGUUGUAUCCAUUUCUGAGGUUCCACGUGCAUUCCAUCCAAAUUUUUCUGCCAAAUGGAGGCGUUAUUUAUAUAUAUUUCCUUUAAAUGAUGGAGAAAAUAGGGAAGAGAUCGAAAGUGAGGAGGACAUUGAAAAUUUUAUUUCUUAUGAUUAUGAUGAGCGAAGAAAUGAAUGUGAUGAACUGGCAAGCGAGGAGAAUAUUGAAAAUUUGAUAAUCAGUGAUGAGGAUGAACGUGAAGGUGCAAAGAAACCUAGGAAGUUCAGUGAUCACGGGAAAGGGAUAAAGGUCAUGUGUGUUGAGCUGGUUGCUAAUCGAUUCCUACGCAAGAUGGUUCGGGUUCUUGUGGCAACCUCAGUAAGGGAAGCAGCUGCAGGUGCACAAGAGGAUGCACUACUAAAGCUGAUGGAUGCUACAUGUAGACGUGCCACUGCUCCUCCGGCACCCCCAGAUGGUCUAUGUCUUGUCGAUGUAGGAUAUACUGAGUUUGAUCCACAGAACUGCCUCAUUCCCUAG